AAUUCCCUACUAGCUAGAUACUUCAAAGUUCAAACUUAAAAGGUCGGUCUUUGAAUUUGAAUAGAUGGAGGAGUGCAUUCGAAUCCGAAGAUAUGAAGAACUUCCCACGGCUAAAGACUUCGAUUCCCUGAUUGAGUCUAGAAACGUUCCUGCUGUUCUGUGUGGAUGCACCAAGGGUUGGAGAGCUUUCUCCCUCUGGAAUCCAUCGAAUGGUGGCCUUGACUACUUGCAGGCACGGGUUGGCUCUUGCAUGGUGGUGGCUAUGAUCUCUCAAUCCGCGUCUGUAUUUUAUGGUGAUCUUGGAAGCCAUCAGAGGGUACCUUUACCAUUUUCUACCUUCCUUGGUUUCUGUAAGAAACGGAUGCAAAUGCAAAGUGAACACCACCAACACCUUGAUCUUUGUCCUGCCACACAAACUCAGGACACAAAACAUGCAUAUUUGGCCUUGGAAUGUGUUCCCGAACAAAUUUAUUUAGCACAGGUGCCAAUUAUGAACAAUGAUGGUCAGGAGAGGGUUCAAUUGGAAACCCUAAAGGAAGACAUUCAGACGCCUCCAGUUUUGGUGGCAAAAGAACUAUCUUCUAUAAAUUUGUGGAUGAACAAUGCCCACGCUAGAUCAAGUACUCACUAUGAUCCACACCACAAUCUUCUUUGCGUAGUUUCUGGCCGCAAACAAGUUGUUUUGUGGCCUCCUUCUGCUAGUCCCUCACUCUACCCAAUGUCUAUAUAUGGGGAGGCUUCCAAUCACAGUUCUGUUGCUUUAGAAAAUCCUGAUUACUCAAUUUAUCCAAGGGCAGAAUGCUCAAUGGAGUUAGCACAAAAGGUUGUUCUUGAGGCAGGCGAUGCACUUUUCAUUCCUGAAGGCUGGUUCCACCAGGUAGAUAGUGAUGAUUUGACCAUUGCUAUUAACUUCUGGUGGAGAUCCAACAUAAUAUCUUGCAUGGUGGAACACAUGGAUGCUUAUUAUUUGCGCAGAAUAUUGCGAAGAUUGAUUGACAAAGAAAUGGACCACCUACUGCUUAAGUUGGGGAUGGGGAAAACUAGGAUGUGUACAUACAAGCUGCCUAGUAAUGGACAAACAGAUCAUGCCAAUGGAAAUUAUAGUCAGAUGUUGAAAGGGAUGAAUUUUAAAGUGAAGAGAAUAGAAGAGGGGAACACAGUGCUUGAAUUAGAACCUGCUGUAGUCCAGGUGCUUCACGAACUUGUGUCUUUGGUUCACAACAGUGUUAGUGCCAACCUGGAUCAACAAUCACUGUCAACUUCUAUAAAUGAUUCUGAGCUAUUAGGGAAUGAUAAGUGUGAGAAAAUAGUGGCUACUGACUUGAAAGAUGAUCCAGUUGCUAAAUUUCUCUGGGAUGUGGAACCACAAACUCUCCAAAAUGUCUUUCUUGCUAUGGCGCACAACUUCCCAAGAACUUUAGAGGCUCUUGUACUGCAUGUACUUUCACCAGUUGGGGCUGAAGUCCUUACUCGAAAAUUUGAUGAGAUGGAUCAACAAACUCUUGAGGAAGAUCGGAAUCGAUUCUAUGAGGCUUUCUACGGUGCAUUUGAUGACCAAUCUGCAGCAAUGAAUUCAAUUCUAAAAGGGAAGGAGUCAUUGACCCAACAGGCAUUUAAGAAUGUAUUGGAUAAAUUUGUGGGAGUGAAUCUGGAAAGCUUGAAGCCAGGGGUCGGAUGAAAUGCUAAGUGAAGUAAAGCUUAUGGAUGAACUGGCCAACUGGGCACCUCAAUAGAAUAAAUUGAUGCAUAUUUGAAACUUAGGCUUUUCUCUGUACUUUUAUUUGUCAGUUUACAGUUCAGUAGAUGAUUAGCACGAAUUUCAACAGUGUUCAGUGUUGUAUAGGUAACAUCAGCUGUAUAUACGCUAUCUGUUUAAUACGUUGUAUUAAUUAAUUGAAAUUCUAUUCGGUUGAUUC